CUCCUGUACAUUGUACACAUAUAUAACGCCGAUAGGCUCACGCACCGUGCCUCCCUGAUGAAUUUAGGUUCUAAAGCUUUCGACGGGCUAUAAAAUGCGCAUGUAAUACUUAUCAAGCAUACUUUAUCAUGAGACUAUAAUCCAAGGCGUGCUCGUCGACAGACACGGGAAAAUGCUGCCGUCCGGAGCUCCGCUUCAAAACCCUGCGCAGCAGGCGCAGGCGUUUGCCGCUGUGCAGCAGCUAGCUCAAGCGCAGCAGCUGGCGGCGGCGGGAAUGCAGGGCGCGGUCCCGGGCGCUGCGCCUCAGAUGCCUGCUCCCCAACCGGCUGCGGCCACGCCGCCCCCGACCGCGGCGUCGCCGGCGCCGACGCCAGCGGGUGCCGCGGCAGCUGCGGCGCCAGCCGCAGCGGGGCCAGCUGCGCCUGCCGCCGGGGCAAAGCCCGCGCAGCGCCAAAAGAAGCGCAAGUUUGGCCAGACGCAGCAGGCAGCGCCGGAGAAGAUGUCCACGGCGGUGCCCGAGUCCGCGCUGUACAACCACCUGUUGGAUCUGGACCGGGCGGUGAGCGACACCAUAGCGCGCCGCAAGGCCGACUUCAAGGAGCCCUUCCCGCCCUACAACGACCCCGUGAAGCGAGUCAUGCGCCUCACCGUGCAGGCGCACUACCAGCACCAGCCGGUGCCGCCCAAGGCGCCCAUCGUGGUCCCGCAGCCCACCGGCCUCGCGGGCCCGUCGGUGGGCAACGCCGCGAUCCUUGCCGCCGCUCAGUCCUUCAUGUUCCAGGGAGCUGCCGCCGCCGCCGCCGCCGCCGCCGGGAGCGGGAGCGGCGAUGCGGCGGCGGGGGCGAGCGGCGCCGGGGCUGCGGGCGGCGGCGCGGGGCCGAGCGGCGCUGAGCAGGCGCAGGAGCCGCCGUCGUGGACGCUCACCAUCUCGGGUGCGCUGGUGGACCCCACCGAGCACCUGGUCAAGGCGGCGCUCACGGCGGCGGCGGCGGCGGCGGCGCGCGGCGACCCCUCGGCGGCCAUGCUCAUGCUGCAGGCCCAGAACCUGAACACGCAGCACCAGCAGCAGCAGGCCAAGGCAAAGGAGGACGGCACGGCGCGACUGGGCUACCUCACAAACAUCGUCCGCCGCAUGGAGGUGCACCUGGACCCGGAGCUGUACCCGGGCGAGCAGGGCCGCAUCGUGUGGGACAAGGCAGCACACACAGGCCUGCACCGGGAGGCGGUGGAGGUGCGGCGGCUGGGCGGCCGCAGCUGCAAGGCCACGGUGCUGGUGUGGCCCGACUACCUGCCGGAGCGCUACGUGCUGCCGCCGCUGCUGGCCGAGGUGCUGGGCAUGGUGCACGGGCACGAGACGCGCAGCCGCGUGAUGGUGGCGCUGUACGGCUUCAUCAAGAGCCGCAAGCUGCAGGACCCCGGCAACCCCAUCAACAUACACCUCACCGACCAGCUGGCGCAGGUGUUUGGAUGCCGCACACUCAAGCUGAACGAGCUGCGGGACAGGCUGGUGGCGCUGCUGACGCCCGUGCCGCCCGUCAAGUUCGAGUACCACAUCAACCUAGACAACCUCACCAAAUCCUUCGCCGGUCACGCCGCCGCGGCGGCGGCAGAGCCGGCCGCCGUCGCCGCCGCCGCCGCGGCGGCGGGCGCCGCCACUCCUGCUGUGGGCGUGGGGUCGGGUGGCGGCGGCGGUCUGAGCGGCUGUCUGGACAUGGAGGUGGUGGAUGUGGACUUCUUCACGCCCUCGCUGCUGCCGCACCAGAUGGCGGCGGUGCUGCAGAGCUACUACAAGGACAAGGAGAUCGAGGCCAUGGACGCCAAGCUGGCCGGACUCAUCCGCCGCCUGAACGAGGCGCGCCGCCGCCGAGCCAUACUGCUGGGCUUCGCACACGCGCCCAUCGACAUGACGCACGCGCUGCUGGCGGCGCAGGCUCGCGAGCUGCGCAUGGGCAAGCAGGGCAGCGGGCGUGACUACGAGGUGGAACGGCGCACCGAGGUGUUCCGGCAGCGCUGGGUGGAGGACGCGGUGAUGAGCUACCUGCACAAGCGCAUGGGGCGGCCGCUGGACACCAACGGGGCGGCGGGGGGCGUGCUGGAGUGAGGGGGAGGGGAGGUGGGAAGGGUGGCGGCGCGGGUGGGUGGGUGUAUGGCGGGGUGAGGCCGUAGGGUGAGGCGGUGAUGCAGGAAGGUUGCUGCUAUGAUGGUGGAAGUGAUGUUGGCAUGUAGGGCGGGUUGAGGUGCAGGUGAAGGUGCGGAGGAGGGGCGCCAUGACUUGCGUGCAUGAGCUGCGGCCGCCGGCCGGGGUGCAUCGGUGGUUGGUAGGGUUGGUGCGCCCAUUCCGAAACCAUCGGCGAUUUCGGCUAACGUACUUGCAUUAAAAUUUGCG